GAAAAAUUGUGUAAAUUACCGCAUUCGUUUGUUCACGGGAUUUAUUUUGUGUAUUGAAGAGAUUUUGAUAUAUAAACUGCGAGGAUGCGGUACGAAUAUAUCAGUCAGCAAGUGUCUUUUGAUAUUCAUUGAUAUUUAUUGAUAUUCAUUGAUAUUCAUUGAUAUUCAUAAACGAGAUGUCGCUGUAUCAAAUAUUCUACAUAGCAUUGCUAGCAUUUGUGCUAGUCGAAUGUAAAAAGCAUCGGAAAAACCCAUGGGAAGUUAAUCCUGGAGUUGGUAGAGACCAAAAUGGCAACACAAAUGCUGGAGUAGAAAUUAAAAGACAAGGGGAAAACGGCCAUUUUGAAGCAGGAUGGAACAAAGUAGUCCAUGGACCUAACAAAGCUAAGCCUACUUGGCAUGUAGGAGGUACUUUUAGAUUCAAACGUUCACCUGAAGGACCUUGGGAAGUUAAUCCUGGAGUUGGUAGAGAUCAAAAUGGCAAUACUAACGCUGGAGUAGAAAUUAAAAGACAAGGAGAAAACGGCCAUUUCGAAGCAGGAUGGAACAAAGUAGUCCGUGGACCUAAUAAAGCGAAGCCUACUUGGCAUGUAGGUGGUUCAUUUAGAUUCAAACGAUCUCCCGAUGGACAAUGGGAAGUACAGCCUGGUGCUGGUACUGAUCAAAAUGGAAACACUAACGCUGGAGUAGAAAUUAAAAGACAAGGAGAAAAUGGCCAUGUUGAAGCCGGUUGGAACAAAGUAGUCCAUGGACCUAACAAAGCUAAGCCUACUUGGCAUGUAGGAGGUACUUUUAGAUUCAAACGUUCACCUGAAGGACCUUGGGAAGUUAAUCCUGGAGUUGGUAGAGAUCAAAAUGGCAAUACUAACGCUGGAGUAGAAAUUAAAAGACAAGGAGAAAACGGCCAUUUUGAAGCUGGAUGGAACAAAGUAGUCCGUGGACCUAACAAAGCUAAGCCUACUUGGCAUGUGGGUGGUUCAUUUAGAUUUAAACGAUCUCCCGAUGGACAAUGGGAAAUUCAACCUGGUGCUGGUAAUGAUCAAAAUGGAAAUACUAACGCUGGAGUAGAAAUUAAAAGAAAAGGAGAAAACGGCCAUUUUGAAGCUGGAUGGAACAAAGUAGUCCAUGGACCUAACAAAGCCAAGCCUACUUGGCAUGUAGGAGGUACUUUUAGAUUCAAACGUUCACCUGAAGGACCUUGGGAAGUUAAUCCUGGAGUUGGUAGAGAUCAAAAUGGCAACACAAAUGCUGGAGUAGAAAUUAAAAGACAAGGAGAAAACGGUCAUUUUGAAGCUGGAUGGAACAAAGUAGUCCAUGGACCUAACAAAGCCAAGCCUACUUGGCAUGUAGGAGGUACUUUUAGAUUCAAACGUUCACCUGAAGGACCUUGGGAAGUUAAUCCUGGAGUUGGUAGAGAUCAAAAUGGCAACACAAAUGCUGGAGUAGAAAUUAAAAGACAAGGAGAAAACGGUCAUUUUGAAGCAGGAUGGAACAAAGUAGUCCGUGGACCUAACAAAGCUAAGCCUACUUGGCAUGUAGGUGGUUCAUUUAGAUUCAAACGAUCUCCUGAUGGACAAUGGGAAGUACAUCCUGGUGCUGGUACUGAUCAAAAUGGCAACACUAACGCUGGAGUUGAAGUAAAAAGACAUGGGGAAAAUGGCGAUUUUGAAGCCGGAUGGAACAAAGUAGUCCAUGGACCUAACAAAUCCAAGCCUACUUGGCAUGUAGGUGGUACUAUCAAAUUUUAA